AUGGGCCGGGCUAAUAAGACAGGUAAAAUUCCCACUGACAGCGGGGCAACGAGCGACUACGGAGCGCCCAAUCCUGGACCUGCGUUCAAAGAGGUGUGGCAGGUGAAGGUGUGGCCCAAGGGUCUGGGUCAGGCCAAGAACUUGGUCGGCAUCUACCGCCUCUGUCUGACCGACAAGACGGUCAACUUUGUGAAGCUGAACUCUGACGCCGCCGCCGUGGUGCUGCAGCUGAUGAACGUGAGACGCUGCGGACAUUCAGAAAACUUCUUCUUUGUGGAGGUGGGACGCUCUGCUGUGACAGGCCCAGGCGAGUUCUGGAUGCAGGUGGACGACUCGGUGGUGGCCCAGAACAUGCACGAAACCUUGCUGGAAGCCAUGAAAGCACUCAGCGAGGAGUUCCGCCAGCGGAGCAAGUCUCAGUCGAACUCAGGCCCCGGAGGAGGUGCUACCGCUUCCAACCCCAUCAGCGUUCCCUCCCGCCGCCACCACCCGAACCCUCCUCCCAGUCAGGUGGGGUUCCUGCGGCGGCCCCGCACCGAGCCCCCCGGGGGAGCCAACGGCGUAGCAGCGGUCAGCAGUGCCAGUGCUUCUCCCACCCCACGGCACAGCUUCCCCAGAUCUCGCACCGCCAGCGAUGGCGGGAAAGGCGAGGAUGGGUCCACGCCGCUCCACGGCAUGAACUUGAGCCCCUCCGCCAAUGGCUCCUGCUCCACCACCCCGAUCCUCCGAUCCAAGUCGGCCCGUUCAGCUCCAACCUCGACGGCGAAAACUCCCUUUGGGUUGAUGCGCUCCAUCUCCACCCCAGCACCCUCCCCAGCUCCAAGUCUGUCGUCUAGCUCUGGGCAUGGCUCCGAGUUUGGCGGCCUAACAUCAGCCGGUGCUGUUCCGGGCUCAGGUACUUACAGUCGGGUUCCCUCUCACCAUGCCUCCAUCUCUGGCUCACCCAGUGACUACGGUUCUUCAGAUGAGUACGGUUCCAGCCCAGGGGAUCACACCCUUCUCCCCUCCCCAAGCCUCCCUGGAAGCUCCGUCGGUAGCAUCGGCAGCCAGUCGCUCGGUGAGGAUGGAGCCAACUAUAUCCUGAUGGGUCAUCGCGGUGCCGGAAACGGUAAUCAAGGCAGCGCAACGCCAAACACCCAGCCCGGAACGCCGGCCGGGGGCUCCCAGUCGAGGAGAGUGCUGCGUCGCUCCUCCAGCCGUGAAUGUGAAACUGAGCGCAGGCUGCUGAGCAAGCGGGCCUCCCUGCCGCCUAUGGCCCUGGAAAGACUGGCCCCGUGUCAGCGCAGGGCCGAUGAGCCCGCGGGGGAAGACUCGACUGAUUACGCCAUUAUGUCCAGCACGGGCCGAGAAUCCUUAAAUCCCGCCUGCUCUACCGGGAGAGAAUCGGCCGCAAGUGCUAGUGCGGGCGGAGGAGAGUACCUGGACGUCGCGGUGGAGUUCAAAACCGAAGGGGCCGGAGGAACGGGUGGUGGUGUAGAUGUAGGCGUGGACAAUGGGUACAUGUCCAUGCUGCCCGGAGUCACUCAGCCCCCGGCGUCCUUAUCCCAAUCGCUGGCCGUGUCUGUCCCAGACUCGGACCCCAAACCUGCCGACGACUACAUGGCCAUGACCCCUAACAACAGCGUGUCCCCCCCUCAGCAGAUCCGUCCGUUACCAACCUCUGACGGGUAUAUGAUCAUGUCCCCCAACAGUAGCUGCUCCCCAGACCAGCGUGGGGGCCUCUCUGGGGGGGCCUGGGUUGGCAGUGGUAGCGCAGACAGCCGAGCUGGCAGCGACUACAUGAACAUGUCUCCAAUCAGCGCUCGCUCUGUAAACGGCAGCCCCCCACCUCCCGAGCCCACCAGCCACUUGGAGACCGGCUUGCAACAACAAGCCCCCAAGAUGGUUUAUUCGUACUAUUCUCUUCCCCGGUCGUACAAACACAACCCCUCCGCCGGACAUUUUGACGACGGGCCCGGGCGAGGCAGGAAGCCCAGUGGGAGUUGCAGUCGGGGAGCGGGAGGAGUCCGAACCAGCGCUGGGUGUCAGGAGCAACUGGCAGCAGGCGGUUCAGCGGUUGGGCGUCACCUUUCGCUGUCCUCGUCCUCGUACUCGUCCAGCUCAGCCAGCAGCGAGAGUCUCGGGGAGGUGGACGAUCGAAGUCAGGCUUUGAGCAAAAAAAGUGGAUCUCAGUCCAAAGAAGGGAGCAAGAUGGCUCAGAGGCGGGGCUCUGGUGGGUUUUCUAAGCAAAAUAGGCACACUAGAAGCAGACCGGUGAGCCUGUUUGUUGACGUAUCCAAGGCUAACACCCUUCCGAGGGUCCGUGAGAACCCGCUUCCUCCAGAACCUAAGAGUCCUGGGGAGUACGUAAGCAUCGAAUUUAAGGGGGAGAAUUUAAACCUUAUGGGGAUUGGACUAGGACGCGGCAGGGGUCUAAGACACAAUUCUUCCCUGCCUCAUGGCUCAAAUAGCCAGCUUCCUCAGAACAGACCGACUUCUUGUGUCGGAAACUUUAUCCCGCUCUCCCGUAGUCCAUCUGCCCCCAUCACUCCCCCAGCUGCCUCGGAGUAUGUCAACAUGGAUCUGGGCCCUUCUCCGUCCCCCUCCCCGCUGUCUCUCACCCAAGUCUACAGUGGAACCCGCAGGCCCCCGAAAUUAUCGGUGACGCGGCCGUUCCCCCCGGGACGCCCACACACCGCACCGGCGGCCAUCUUUGAUGGUGCGGGGCCGGUCUGGCAAAGGGCGAAGACCGCGAACUUUAGAGCCGGGUCCUGGUCCGCAGUUGGGGCUCCGACCCCGCUCUCCGUUUCACAUCUCACGAAAGGCGGAUAA